UUUACAGUUCAUAAACAACCUGUAAACUUAUGUGAUUUAAUGAUAUAAAUUUGAGUAUUAUAUUUUAAAAAUAGUGUAAUAUGGGCCCAUAAUUUACUUUAUAAGUAAUCUUUUAUUUAUUUAGCUGCAUAAAAUAUUAUAUUUAUGUUGUAACCUGUCCAUUAAAAUGGGAGGAGGAGAUCUGAACUCGAAGAAAUCAUGGCAUCCCAACACUAUGAAAAAUCAGGAGCGUGUUUGGAAAGCGGAGCAAGCCAGUGCAGAAGAGAAAAAGCGUAUUCUGGAGCUACAGAGAGAACGGGCAGAGGAGCGCGACCGUGCGGAGUUGAACGACCUGGCCAAACGUACAGCAGGAGCCUCUGGGGCCAAUGACAAUCGCUUGCAUUGGAUGUAUGAUAAACCUGAUAAAAAGGUACAGCAAGAAGAUUUUCUCCUUGGCAAAGCCAUUGACAGCAACUAUGAGGCAAAUAAAGUUGAACCAGACUACAUCCCUGCAGUGGCUCGCAGAGUGGUGGGAUCCAGCAUGCUGGCCAGCGUGGGUGACGCACAGGUCGACCUGGCGAGAAAGAUGCGAGAGGAUCCACUAAUGCUAGUGAAAGAGAGGGAGAGAGCUGCUCGGGCAGCCCUGUUGAAUAACCCUUUGCAAAGGCGUCGGUUAGCAGAGUUACUUAGGAAAGAGCAGGAACAAAGAAAUCAAAAGAAGGAAAAGAAAAAACCAAAGAAAGACAAAGAUUUAGAUAACAUGCUAGCUGCUAAGCUCACCGCCAUGGGUGAAAAACAAAUUGACCUAGCGGCUCUACUUGCUUCUAACGAUUCCAGUUCCGAUUCUUCUUCUGAGGAGGAGCAUAAAAAAUGCAAAAAGAAGCACAAAAAGUCAAAGAAACAUAAAAAGGAAAAAAAGAAUUCAACACGUAAAGAUUCCAGCAAAGUUUCUUCAGAUGAAGAAGACCCAAAUAAGUCUAAACGUAAGCCUCGCGUCCAACGGAGCGUGUCCCCUAAAAUUAAGAGCAGAAACCAGAAAUCACACCAUCGCAGCGGCAGCCCCGACGACUCAGAUUACGAACAGAGUAACAAGAAAUAUAGAAGAGCCGAGAAAAUCGAUGCGAGAUCGGACAAAGGCGGCCCCGGACGGAUGCGGCGGGACAGCGCCGAGCGCGAGGGGUCGCCCGACCGGCGGAGGAGACGCCCGUCGGAGGAGCGGAGACCCGGACAAGACCGAAGGCAACAGUCGCCCGACCGCCGGAGACAGCCGAGGUCGGAGGAGAGGACCCACAGACCGCAGGAGCGCGAGUCGAACAAAGCGGACUCCCGGGGAGGGCACAAGAAGAGGGUCGGGAUGAGCGCAGAGGAGCGCGCGGCGGCGCUGGCGGCGAUGACGGCGGCGGGCGCGGAGCGCGAGCGCGAGCGGGCGGGGCGCGUGGCCGCCCAGCGCGCCGCCGCCCGGCGCCUGGCCGCCCAGCCGCCCGCCCAGCGCGCGCUGCGCACCGAGGCGCACCACCUGCCCGACUCGCUCGAGAGCCGCAUACACUCCAACCGGCACUAUAUCCAGCGGGAUCGCACGCACAUGGACAAGCCCUUUGCGCGCAGGUGACCUCGACUAGAUUACGCCUGACUGUUGUUGGCGCCUAAAAUUUGUAACUGGCCCGUCAAGAUGCCGGCGGCUUUCGACUGGAAAUUAGAUUUGUCUUGACACUAUGUAUAGUUACGAAAAAUUGUUUUAGAAGGAGUAUUUUUUAAUUAGUUUAUAGUAUUUUAUGCAACCGUUGUUUAAAAGAGGUCAAAAAAGGCGAGUGGCGUGAGUAACAAUUUGAGGCGAAGCCGAAAAUUGUUAAUAAAGACGCCACGAGUAUUUUUUGACUCAGUUAAACAACGUUGCAUAGAAUACUUUUUCUACGACCAAGCACUUAAUUUGAAAUAAAAUUGUAAAUUUAACAAAUAUUUUUCAUGUCAUCUAUCGCGAUUUUGAAGGCAGCAAAUUUUUUGUGACUUCUUGGGCCAUCACUGAUAUUUUUUCACUUAUUUGUCAGAGAUGACAUUUAAAAUAAGGUUGGCAACAAUGUAUUUCAUACAAUAUUUUUUAAGUGGUCAUUACACGAAGUAACCAAAAGUGCCAAAAAGAUACUGCGUGUAUGCACAAAUGCGUUUUUGGGGAAUAGAUUAAAGACUUGUCUUGACAACUAUAAGGUAGGGUUUUAAAGAUGUGUGCACGACCCUUUAAAUGAUAAAUAAAAGUACGGUAGUAGAAAAAAUAUCAUAUGCAAACCUA